CUCAAGAAAGACGACGAAUAGCAAUAGGUGGCGCAGCAAUCUGGGCAAGUGAUGGAGAUGGAGUGGGAGCUACAACAUGGAGCACUUCUACUGGAGGAUAUGCUCUUCGAUAACGAAGACGACGUCUCGCCUGCAGAGGAUGCUGAAGGUGGGGCAAGGUGAUGAUGACGUGCUCCGAUAUUAUACAAAUAUCUGCGCUGUGUGUGAGAACUGGGAAACUGAAAGUGAGACGAGCUGUGAUGUUGCUGUGCGUGAGAGCGACGAGCAUGAGGUGGGGGCAGGAGAGUGGUGGGUUAACCUGGUGGCACUCUCUUAUCAGGUUGAGGAUGAGAGCGCAGUCGUCGAUGGAGAGAGGGAAUCUGCCACUGAUGAUGCAGGUGAGUGGGAAGCGGAGUGGGGGCUAUUGGCAACGGUGGAAACGGCGGCAGCAGAGGCAAAUACAGCAACAGGAACAACAACAGCAUCAACAACAACAACAAUGGAGGUGGAGCAGGGGCUUAUGGCAGAGGCGGUGGUUGUCGUAGAGGAGAGGCAAGGAAUGGGCGAGAUCGGCGAGAAGGGUGGGAUGGCCGACAACAACAAUGACAACAACAAUAAUAACAACAUCAACAACAACGGCGAGCAGCGAAUGGGCGAACUGGACGAGACGGGCCUGAAGGAGGAUAACAACAACAACAACAACAAUGAGAUGGAGGAGAUGGGAUAGAACGAUGACAGCAACAACAACAACAACAACAACAACAACAAAGACGGUGUCACUGA